AUGUUACCUUCAAUUUCUGUUACACCUAAUUCUGUCAUGGUUUUCGACACAAAUCUCAGAGAAAACUAUCCCUCACAAUCACAAUCAAUGCAUUUGCAAGAAAACUACCUGAAACCAAGGCAGAAAGAUGAGCUAAAUCCAUUUAGUGCUCACUCCUGUCAUGGUAAUUUCUUACAAGAUUUUCAGCAUAUUGAGCAGUUUCAUCAUAUGCAUGGAUCAUCAUCCUCCAAUCAAGUUUUUGGGGACCAAACUCAAAACUUUGAUCUAUUUGGUAAUGCAGAAUGUGCAAAUACAGAUUUUGAUGUUUAUGAUGGAAAGUCUUUUGCUGAGAAUAAUAGCGGUAGUGAGCAUGCUCAUAACCUUAUUGACAAUUUUCAAUAUGAUGGUUAUAGUUUGAAUAUCCCUAGAAGAAAUCAACUUGAUCUUAUGGUUGAAAACCAUAGUUAUUUUUCCUUCAAUAAUCCUUCAGAAACCAAGUCAUUGAGUUAUGUUGUACCUGAGGAUGAAGUUUCAAGCAUAGCCCCGACAAAUUAUUACCAAAGAGCUGGAUUGAAUAUAAACAACAGCUUGUUAUCUCCUACGACAAGAAGAGCAUUUAAAGCGAAGAAGAAAACAAUCAUAGUGAAGGGGCAAUGGACAGUGGAAGAAGAUAGAUUGUUGAGUCAAAUGGUGGAACAAUAUGGAAUAAGGAAGUGGUCUCAUAUUGCUCUGAAGUUGCCUGGAAGAAUAGGGAAACAAUGCAGAGAAAGAUGGCAUAACCAUUUAAGACCAGACAUAAAGAAAGACGUAUGGACAGAUGAAGAGGAUAAGAUAUUGAUCCAAGCUCAUACAGAGAUAGGAAAUAAGUGGGCGGAGAUUGCGAAAAGAUUGCCAGGAAGAACUGAGAAUGCAAUAAAAAACCAUUGGAAUGCAACAAAGAGAAGGCAAUAUUCCAAAAGAACAUGUCGUUCGAAGUAUCCAAGAGGGACUCUUUUGCAAGAAUAUAUCAAGAGUCUGAAUUUGGAUCAAAACCCUCCAAGAGACUUUCGAAAAAGAUCUUCUGCUAAAGCCAAGAAAAAGAUUACUUGUAGCACAAGCAAAGCCGCAACACAGAUUCCUCAGCCACAUAUUGCAAAUCAAUUUUUUCCUAAUGACCGCUCGGUGCCAAACUAUGAGUUCAAUGAUUUUUCUUUGGAUGAUAAUUUGUUUGAAGAAGGGUGUGGUAUUGAUUCUCUGCUAGAUGAUAUGUCAAGUGUUCCUACUAUGGAUGAAAAAGAAUGUGAUAAGGAAGGCAUGCAAGUUGUUAAUCUUGAUGAGCAUCAAUUGGAGAAAGAGGUUGAAGUUAAGAAGGAGUUGGAUUUGGUGGAGAUGAUCUCUCAGGCUAAUCAAAAUAUUAAUUGAUGUGUAAAUCCUUGUCCUUGGAUUGG